GGUUUUUCCCUCGGUGACCCACGUCAACACUUUUUCCCAUCCUUUUUCCCACAUCGUGCUUUGCCUUUUUCCAUUGGGAUUUUGGUGCCAAUAGUACAUCAACGUACACUUGGAUGCGACAGAAGAGAAGUUAUCUGAAAAUUUUAAAGCAGCAGGUCAAGCAGGAGGUCUAGGGGCUGAAAGUUGCAGUGGGUGAACCAGGAUGUCCAACCCUCUCUCCAAUGUGCCCCCACCGGCUGCACUGCCAUCAUUUGUGGCAGCUCCUUUGCCGCCACCAGCUUCUGAAGCAGUGGCGCCACCAGCUGGCACAUCUGCAGCUGUCACCUCUGCUGCCCCGCCCGCUGCUAGUUCCGCACCGCCUGCUGCAGGCUCCUUGCCGCCACCACCGGCAGCCUCUGCCAUGCCGCCACCGCCAGUGGGUGUGGCCCCACCCACAGGCAGUACCCACCCGCCGCCGCUGCGCACCAUCCCGACGGGCAUGCUGGCUCUGAACGAGUCGGUGCCGCCGCUGCCCUCGCUGCAGCCAGCCGGCACGGUGCCCGUGCCGCCGGUGGGAGGUCCGCCGCCGACCGCCGGCCCGCCGCCACCACCGCCCACCGGCACCGGCCACCACGUGCCGCUCUCGUACGCCGGCCACAUCUCCCGGCCGCGCUACGUGGCGCCGCCAGAGCUGCCAACGACGGGCGGCGCGGGCCCCGCCCCGCUCUACCAGACGGGAGCAGUGACCGGGGCGCCUCCGAUGCCCGACUCUCAGCUGGGCGGCGUCAGUGUGAUGCCGAUGUCGUCCGCCGGCGGCGCCACCGUCGACUACGCCCAGACGCCGUACUCGUACGCGGGGGCUGCAGACCCCGCUGGCGGAGGCGGGGCGCACGGCGAGGGGUGGCUCGGCUGGAUCAAGGACACGGUCCAGAAGAGCGAGGUGCUGAGCAAGGUGGCCGAGCGCGCGCGUACCUCCAUGGACUCUAUGAUCACCACGCUGGACCCGCAGAUGCGCGACAUCAUAUACGGUGACUCGGGCGGUGACCUGGACAUCGUGGUGGCCUCCGACAAAGAGGUCAAGGUGUCUGCCGUCAGAGAGGCCUUCCAGCUCGUUUUCGGAAAGGCCACCGUCCAGGGUGUGCCGUCACCGGGCCCCUGUCUGGUGCCUCAGCCGGUCGGAUGGCAGGGGGCACGCGCAGCCGCUGAGGCUCGCGUGCAGUCCCUGCGCAGCUCAGGCCUGGUACCGGCCCAGCAGGCCAUCGUGGCUGCCGAGGGCUUCAUCGUCCAGCUGCAACCGGAGAGGUGGUUCGACAUGACGCUGCUGCUGCUGGACGAGCCGGCCGGCAGCGCGCUGAGCGUGUUCACACAGCCCACCGAGGUGCCGGAGGCGUGGGUGCAGCGCAUGGAGGGCUCGACGCCGCCCGAUCACCCGCAGCGCUGGGCGGGCCUGCAGCUCACCGUGGGACAGGUGGCCUCCGAGACACUGCAGGUGGCGCCGUCUGCUUGGCACGAGGUGACCUGCGGUCUGACGCGGCGCGAGCUGCUGCUGCCGGCGGCUCGCAGUUUGGCGCACCAGUUCCGGACGCGGCGCGGCUCCUGAGGUGUCACUAUGUCCCUCCCUGACCGGCGAACGGACCGGGACUGAUCAUUGAUCACACAUGAGACAUGAUGCUGGAGAGCGGUGAAGGUGUGGGCUCACAAACCACACAUGCGGCGGGCGGCGAAGUGGCCCGGUCUCUGCGGAGGUCACUGGCAAGAACGGUGUGAUGGCUUCCUCGGCGACCGAGGUGGGUCCGAACUGGGCCUGUCCGGCCUGGGCGUCAGCGAUAAGGUCUAUCGAUGCUGUUUUUUUUUUUGAUGGUGUCAAAAUUAAACGAAAUUAAAACGUUUUUUAUCUAAUAUUGCGGCAUCGCUGCGUAUGCUCAGUUGCACCUGUUCAUUAAAGACACGUCUGGUUAUCGAUACGAAAAUCCCGUGCCAGUGUAUUUAUGUAAUAAUUCCAUAUUUUAUGAACGGAUGCGGCGUUACGUUUUGUUCACUAACAGUUUAUUGUGCCUGGGAGUAUCGUAUUUGAUAAAUGUGUGGCGUUUAUGCUUAUAGUGAAACAUCGAAAAAGUGUUGUUUUGGGCUAGCAUUAUCUGCUUACAGUUGGUUGAGGUGCUCGGUAGCUCUAAGGUAAGCACAGAACUAAGUUCAAGUGUCUAAGCAAAAGUCUUGUGAGCCAUGCCAUGCACUUGGUGCUUGAAGGUAGGCACUAGGCAGUGUGUGGUUUUCUGCGUGGGGUGGUUGCACUGUUGGUAGAUAAGACAGCGUGUGGAUGCGCGUGCCUAGCCAGCGCCAUGAAAUUGACUCUGCUUUUCGAAUCAGCCAGUCAUCUCAAUGAUAGCUGAGAGACCGGAUCUCCCGAACGCUCUCUAAUUGAUACGAAGAUAGGCGAGUGGUCGGUCGACGGGCAAAAUGUUGCGUUGUAAGAGAUAUGCGUAUUCGUAAAGAAAGAUUGCGUUGCUUCCCAGUUAUAUUUUUAAGAUCCCUGGCAUCUUUGAUUGAGUAAAUAGACGCGUUUACAUAGGGUUUGUUGCAAGCUUAUAUCUCCGUCCGUGAUGUUGCAAAAGAUGCCAAUGGUGCUUAACAAUUUACAAAAUGAUCCCCUCUAAAUAUUUGAAGACCACUGCAUCGAAAUUAUCGCCAAAUUAACGAGCUAGAGCCUCGUCAAAAAUGCUAUGUAAACCGGGUUAAUGAUAAUAACUAUAUUGAAGUUUUGUGGAAAGGUGAUCGAUCCUCCAGCUCUUGAAUGCGCUAUCAAGGCAGUUUGUUUCUGUCUAUUGCGAAUAUGUUACGAAUUCCCUAGUUUCUCUACGCAAAAGCUCUAGGGCUUAUUGUCAUGUAUUCAUGCCGACUGCGUCCAUACAGCAGCUCCCGGCGUGUUGUGUUUGAAGUAUUUUUCCAGCACAGCACGCAGAGGGUAGGUUUGGGGCACCAAGAAAGAGUGCCGUUCAUAUGCAUCGGGGAGCUUUGGCGCGGCUGUACGCUAUUGUUGAUAACUAUUGAAGGAUGUUUAUUAUGAAUAAAUAGACAAAAGAUUGA